AUGUAUGUAUUUGAAUCGUAAUUAAUAAUUUAUGAAUUUAGUUCCUUUUAAUAUAUAUUUAUAAUCUAAAAAGACUCAGUUACAGUUUAUAUUGUUCUUAGUUACCGUGAUUGGUUGAUGGCUGGCUGACGAGAAACAAUGAUUUUAUACAUAAAAUGUAGUAUUUUAUUACUAUUUUGUUUGUUUUUACGUUGUGAAAGUAAGUAUGGGUUUGUAACUUGGUCAAAUGGAGAAGCUGUAAUUUCGACGACAAAAAACUACAAUGAAAUUCCAAAGGUGCAUUUGGCAAGAGCCACAUACAGCAAUGAAAUUAAUACCACUGGUUGGGCUUUCCUUGAAUUACAUACAUCAGCUGAUUCAAGUGAUGAAAAACAGGCAUAUGCAGCAGGUUAUCUAGAGGGUUAUCUAACUCGGGACCUCAUUUGGAUGCACUGGCAAAAUAUGCUAAAAGGAUAUUGUUAUAAUAAAACUGAAAUAUGCAGCCUAAUUGAGGACUUUGUGGACAAGAAUGAAGAUUAUAUUGCCUCAAUGGUGUAUGCAAAUCCUGUAGACCCAUACUGGUAUCAGAUGAAGCUUUACUACAUCCAGAUAGAAGGCCUAGCGGUUGGCUACAAUCAAGCAACCAGUGACGCGUACGAGUGGCUCACUGUUAGAGACUUAAUAUGGAUUAACAUGCUGGGCGACUUGGACGAGCUGGCGAUAGCGCUGUCGGCGCCGAAGGAGAACCCCGAGGGGCUGCUGUUCGGGGAGCACUGCAGCGGACUUGUCAAGCUGCUGCCGGACUGGUCGGAGCUGUACACGUCACACGUCACGUGGAACAGCUAUCAGUCCAUGCUCCGAAUACAAAAAACUUACGUACUGAACUACAGACUCACGCCUAAUGACAAGAAACUCAUCCCGGGCCGAAAGAUGGCGUUCAGCUCUUACCCCGCAUUUGUACAGUCAACAGACGACUUCUACAUAAUAUCCUCGGGCCUGGUGGCCGCGGAGACGACUAUCGGGAACAGCAACCGAACGCUCUUCGAGCUGGUGCAGCCAGUAGGGCAGAUCUUGGAGUACGCUCGCGCGAUGGUCGCCAAUCGGCUCGCGAGGGACGGUAAGGAGUGGGUCGAAAUAUUCCGGAGGCACAACAGCGGGACAUACAACAACCAAUGGUACAUAGUGAACUACAACAAGUUCAAGGCAAAGACCGAGCAGUCCCCGGGCUCCAUCAAGCCGGGCCUGUUGUGGGUGGUGGAACAGCUCCCAGGGUACACGGAAGCGGCUGACUUAACGGACCACCUGAAGCAGACGACGUACUUCCCGUCUUAUAAUAUUCCGUACUUCCCGCGCAUGUUCAACCUGAGCGGCGGCAAUAUGCGCGUGGCCAUGUACGGCGACUGGUUCGGCUACCACACCAACCCGAGGGCGAAGAUCUUCAAGGCUCUACAGGCGGAGGUGCGCAACGCGCGCGACAUGUUCGGCGUGCUGCGCUACAACGACUUCCGGCACGACCCGCGCGCGCGCUGCGCCUGCGCCCCCCCCUACAGCGCCAUCAACGCCGUGGCCGCGCGGAACGACCUCAACCCCGCCAACGGCACGUACCCGUUCCGCGCGCUGGGUCACCGCAGCCACGGCGCCACGGACGCCAAGAUGACGAGCUCGGUGCUCCGCACCCGCUACCAGUUCCUCGCCGUGUCCAGCCCCACGCACCACCUCACGCGGGGGAUCCCGCCCUUCCAGUGGAGUAAAUUCGACAUGGGUCCCCUCGUAUCACACGUAGGUCAUCCCGACCUCUGGAUGUUCACCCCAAUCCUGCACCGCUGGGAGUGGGGCUGAAGAAAACUAGGCUGCUUGAAUUAAGAGUCAAUUUAAAUUUAACUUCAAUGGCAACUAUUACUGUACACUUUGUUUUAGUAAGAAUCUUGUUAUAUGUAUUUGAAAAAUAUACUAUACU